UCUAGACUCUCGCGGUUAUGUCGUGGGCGGAAAUUAGUAUAACUCGUCGGACUAGUCGCGUUGCGACCGCGCGUUAGUACGCACGUACUUCGAAAGAAACGUCGAGAAGAAAUACAAGAAGAAAAAUAUCACAUCUCUGUAUUUUUUAAAAAUGUCCUCUUCUUUUUCCCCUUUCUUCGUCUUAUCUAAUAUCUAUUAAACAGAGGGUGAUCGUGUGUGUUGUGAUAACAAUGAAUUAAUUUUUUGUUUUAUUUUUGUGCAUGAACUACGACACUAAAUCAAGUAUCAACAAAAACUGACAGACUAUCCUUAGUGAUACGUGAAUUUUUAUUUUCUAGACUCUACAUCAAUUUCGUGUGUUCAAUUGGGUGCUGUGAUUAAAAGAGAAUCAUAAAAAAAAAAGAAAAGAAAUUUUUUUUAAUUUCCUCGACUCCGCGACGAUGAGGACAAGGAUUACAUCAUGACAGAGCCGAAACUGAAGGCAGCGUGAUGCCAAAGGAAUCUUGUUGCGGGUUACUGGUAACCCUAGUGCCGUUAUUCGUCGGUGUCUGUGAUCUCGCCGGCGCGAUAUCCGGUUCCCAGUAUCCGGUGUGUAAGCCAGGUCUAGAAUUCUGGUCCACCGAACGUGCAUCUUGUUGGCCCUGCACGAGAUGCGCACCAAAGUUCACAUUGAGUCCUUGCGCUGUGCAUCAAGACGCGAUUUGUGGACCACUCUCAGCUUUGGAGCUUGACUGGUCUUUUCUGUCAACGAGGAAGAGACCUGAGAACGGACAGAGACGUUUGGAAGCGGUGACGUCAAAGAUGCUCUGGCGAUUUCCGGAUUUAGAUCAACAACAACAAAAACAAUCGCAGGAGCAACAACAUCAACAGGAGUUAAGACAGGAAACGAGAAGUCUCGUCGAUGCUACUUACGACGACGAAAUAAACGUGGGAGACGUUGACGAGUUCUCUUCUCAAGAACAAAAAAGGCCAUAUGACCCUCGAGAGAGGAGAAAAUCGAACAUCGAAGGAUCUCUUUCAUGGGAUUGGCAGACUGCCGCCCUUGUACUCGCGGUAUGUGCCUGUGUGGUGUUCUUUUUGGUAGCAGGCUGUUCGGCCUUGGUUUAUGCGAGACAAUGGCGAAGGAUGAAAAAGAAUUUUGAACCAGGACAAACGAAGAUACACGGCUUCCUCUCUUAUCGACAUUGGAAAUCGACAUCGAGCAUGUUCGCCAUUAAACGUUAUCCUUCCUGCGCUCGAAAGGACCGGCAUUUUGUGCGGCAAAGCAAAAGGGCUCGACUACGGGCCCUAGGGAAGUACGCGUAAACGUAUACUCCGCGAGUCCUUUAAAAUGCAAGGCGAGAUUUUCUUCAUUAGAGGGCUGAUCACGGCCUCUCCUCACCUUGGCUCGACCUACCGCGCCCGGAUAUGACGUCGCCACGUCCAACGCGCUCAACGUACCAUCGCCCACGCUGUCACUAUCGCGUACACCGUUCCGCGUUUACUAUAUCUACUUAUAACCAGGGCCGUACUUAGUACGAUCGAAUUAUGAUCGAAUUUCUAAACUUUUUCUCAUGAGAAAUGAACAGACAACGUUUAUCCAAUCAUACUUAUUUUUAUGAUCAACAAUCAUGUUACUUCUUUUUUUUAUCAUAAACAAUGGACAAUACUUUUUUUUUAAUUCAAAUUACCUUCGAUCAACAUUGACAUAGUAAUUAUUAAGGAUUAGAUUUUCUAGUAAUUACAAAUUACUACGUAAGAGUUAAUCGAAGAUAAUCCAAUUUUUUCUUAUCUGAUUGAAUAACAUUUCAAAUCGAUGUUAAAGCGAUUGUAUGCAAAGUAUUACUCUUCAAAACGUUUCUCCUUUACAAUCGUUACUAUAGAAUAAAAAAGAAAAAGAGUGUAAGUCGCGUAACGUUCUUAUGAUCUAUGGUGCACGUGUAUACGAGGCUACUACAUGCAUUUGCAUAACGAGCAUUACGCAGAACUCUUUCUCGCCGGAACACCUCCCCACUAUUGAAGUCGUGUAUCGUGCCACGUAUCGCGUGCACGUUUGUGGGAACCGAUUCAAGCACGAUUCGUUAAUGAAGUUCGUAUGAAUGGAGCUUCGUUACCGGCGUCCUUUCUACUAUCAAACAUGUAUAACGUGAAAUUAGUGACACGUAAAGUAUUAUAAUCGUGCUAAUAUAAAAGAUGACGUAUAAAUUCGAUAAUCUCUGCUAUGGUUUUAUAACGAUCUAUAUAAAGAUACAAUACAUUGAGAAUUAGAUUUAAAAUGCGAGAAAUGCAAUUGAGAUGUGAAAAUUAUAUUGAUUUAAAACGACAAGCAGUGUCAUUAAUAACGUUAAUAACAAUAAUUGUUCUCUAUAGAAAUAUAAAUAAGAAUCAAAUUUGAAAUGUAAAAAUCAAAUUAAUGGCACGCAUACAAUAGCAAUAAUUAUAACGUUUUAAUAGAAUAAUUUGAAUUGAUUCUUUCUAACGGAUUCGAUCGUAGAUAAUAAGUAUUCAUUUGUAAUCGGUACCGUUUCAUUACGUCUAAUGGUCGGCCCACCCGGGGUUACUGAUUCUGAUUAGGCACAAUAUGGAGAGGACUUAUAAAAGACGUCCCGCUUAAGUCUCAACCUAUUAGGAGUAAGCAGCUGUCUAAAAUGGGCCUUGAGAAAGCUAA